UCUGAGCACAGAGAAAUCCUUCAACUCUCUCUCUCUCUCUGUUUCUCUCUAGAUUCCCCAAAUGGGGAACAAAAUUGGAAAGAUGAGAUUAACGAGGCAAGUUGUAGAUGAAGAGUACACAAAGCCUCAAGGCCUGUACCCACCACACAAAGACACUGAUUAUAAGCAGCUGAGAAAGCUAAUUCUUGAUUCAAAGUUGGCUCCCUGUUAUCCUGGACUCGAUGAAUGCCGUGCCCCCCAUCUCGAUGAAUGCCCCAUUUGCUUUCUGUAUUAUCCGAGUCUUAAUCGUUCGAGAUGCUGCAGAAAACUGAUAUGUACAGAGUGUUUCUUGCAGAUAAAGCCGACCCGCUCUAGUAGAGCAGCAAAAUGCCCUUUCUGCAAAACUACUAACUAUUUGGUGGAAUAUCGUGGCACGAGAACGAAAGAAGAGAAGAAGAUGGAGCAAAUUGAAGAACAGAGGGUAAUAGAGGCACAAAUAAGGAUGCAAGUUCAAGAGAUUCGAGAUGAAGAAGAAAGAAUUAGAAAGAAGAAAAAGAUAAGUUCGCCGAGCACAACAGUGGAAGUGGAAUGUCAAUACAUACCAAAUUCCCGUCAUCGAGGUUCAUGUAGCGUACCAGAAAAUACAUGGGUUUCUGAAUCCAGGCACAACAUGGAAGAUAUCUUUGAUAUGGAUCUUGAUGACACAAUGGUCUACAAACCAACAUGGCUUCCGACCGAGGACCAAGGAACCGAGAACAAUGCUCCCAGUAGCAGCAGAAAUUUUCCGAGGCAAACGUCCUCACAAGAUCUCUAUACCCCAUCCGCAACAUCACCACCAGAAGCAUGGGACUCAGCAGACUCUAUAAACUCCUCAAGCAGCUCGCUUACCAGAGUACAGAAUGAGCUAGUGAGUAGUAUUCCAGAGAGCUGGACCGAAAAGUUAUUAAACAAUAGAAAGUCCUCACCGAGAGAGUAUUCUGGUUCUGACUGGAGAACUAACCAUGAGGUGAGUGAAAGAGGCAUGGGAUAUGCAACUCGUCUAUUUCCUGAUAGUUUGGAGGAGCAAAUGAUGGUGGCCAUGGCGGUUUCGCUUGACGAGAAUCGAGCAAGGUCACAGGGAGUAACCUGGCUACAGUAGUUAGUGUUUGAUUGUAUCCUUCUUUCCUCCUUGCUGUCUGGGAUUUUUCGCCUUUGUUUCUACUCUUCUUGCUUGUUGUUUUUGUACAGUAUGUAUGUACAGAUGGGUCAGGAUCUGGAAAGGAAACGAUACGUAUUGUUUGCUCUGUAUAGGAUUGAUUCGUUGACAUUGUAUAGUGUAUAUAUAGAUGUAGUUUGCUCUGUAUAAUAGGAUUGAUUCAUUGACAUUGUAUAUAGUGUAUAUAGAUAUAGUUCUAUGGAGUCUUUACAGUGGUCCAU